AUGCAUGGAUGCAUACUGAAGACAGCCUCAACGACUGUGCGAGAAAGGACGUGGUGGUUUGAAAUUAUGGAGAACACCUUCAUAUAGAAAUGUCAUUCUUGGUGCAAUAGAUGAGUUGCAACCAAACAUUUUUGGAAAGCUGUUAGCUUACUAAGACGGAAAAGAAUACUUUCUCGGAGCUCGUCUUGCAGCGGCUACAUCGCUGACUACAGUGAAAGAAAUUAGCCUCAUCGCGAUUCCCGAGAAAAGCAGAAGCCUAAUGUCGUUAUACAAAUAAAGUACCGAAUAAGUUUGAUGAAAUUCGUUGGAAUUUUUAGAUUUUCGUCGUCGUUUAAUUGUGGAUGGAAAGAAUUUGAUUUCGGUUGUGUUUAUUUAAAACCAGACGGGAGUCUGUGAAUUUAGACUUGAGGAGCAUGUGUGGCGCGCAGUGUGCCUGAAACUGCUUUUACUGUGAGAACAACCUGGAAAGUCAACCCCGGGAGCUCUACUUCAUCUCUUCCUCCUUUCUACACUGUUUUGGGUGCACUUUGUCUAGAGCAAUGGUCAUGCGAUGACUGAGUUCCCUUUGGACGCAUCCAUACAGUUGAUAACAGGGGGUGAAUGAUGGAAGAAGAUGGAGGAAAUCUCUCCGUGGACCAUGGGGAAAGGGAGACGGAGGUUGCGUCCUCUCUACCCCGGACCUUUAUUCGACUCAAUGACCUGUCCGGUGGUUGGGACCGCAGCAAUGAGGUGGUGGAGACCGAUGUGAAAGACAGUGGCACCGGCGUGGAAGAAGCAUCAGCCAGCGGUGGAGAAGCUCUGCCCUAUCCAUUACUGGCGCCUGUCGUGUUUUUCUACCUGAACCAAACCACCCGCCCAAGGAGUUGGUGCCUAAAAAUGGUCUGUAAUCCGUGGUUCGAGAGGAUGAGUAUGCUGGUCAUUCUGCUGAACUGCGUCACCCUGGGGAUGUUCCAUCCUUGUGAAGAUAUCUUGUGUGACUCGGAACGAUGCAAAAUCCUGGAGGAUUUUGAUGACUUCAUCUUUGCAUUUUUUGCUGUGGAAAUGGUGAUAAAGAUGGUGGCCUUGGGAAUCUUUGGAAAAAAAUGUUAUCUUGGUGACACAUGGAACAGACUAGACUUCUUCAUCAUUUUAGCCGGGAUGCUAGAGUACUCCCUUAACUUGCAGAAUGUCAGCUUCUCCGCUGUCCGUACAGUUCGGGUCCUGCGGCCACUUCGAGCCAUCAACCGAGUGCCCAGCAUGCGUAUCCUAGUGACCCUGCUACUGGACACGCUCCCUAUGUUGGGCAAUGUGCUCUUGCUCUGCUUCUUUGUCUUUUUCAUCUUUGGCAUCGUCGGAGUACAGCUCUGGGCUGGACUGCUACGCAACCGCUGCUUCGUGCCUGAGAACUUCAGUUUACCACAGGGCGUGGAUAAAUUCUAUCGAACAGAAAACGAUGAUGAGAGUCCAUUUAUCUGCUCCCAGCCACGGGAGAAUGGCAUGCGUCUUUGCAACCUCAUCCCCAAUCUGUACAAGGAGGAGCUGCAGUGCACCCUGGACAUGGCAGCAUUCAACGGCACUGACAACACCACCUGUGUCAACUGGAAUCAGUACUACACCAACUGCUCUGCCGGCGAGCACAACCCCUUUAAGGAUGCCAUCAACUUUGACAACAUUGGCUAUGCAUGGAUCGCUAUCUUUCAGGUUAUUACUCUGGAGGGAUGGGUUGACAUUAUGUACUUUGUGAUGGAUUCCCACUCUUUCUACAAUUUCAUCUACUUCAUUCUCCUCAUCAUUGUGGGCUCAUUCUUCAUGAUUAAUCUCUGCUUAGUUGUCAUUGCCACCCAGUUCUCUGAGACCAAGCAACGUGAGAGUCAGCUGAUGAAGGAGCAGCGGGUGCGCUUCCUGUCCAAUGCCAGCACAUUGGCCAGCUUCUCGGAGCCGGGCAGCUGCUACGAUGAGUUGCUCAAGUACUUGGUGCACGUAGUUCGCAAGACCGGCCGGCAGCUGUGCCAUUUAAUUCGGGUCGCAGCUCGCCACGCCGGCCUGAGCGUCUGCGCCUCACCAGUCUUGGAGCAGACUUCACAAAAGCGCCGCCGGCAAAAACAACAGCAGAAACGGGCGUCGAUUCACCACCUGAUGCACCACCACCACCACCACUACCACCUGGGGAACGGCAGCGUCCUGCGCGGCAGCGCCACAGACAGAGAUCCUGAAACAGGGGCAGGCAGUCGGCGCUCACGCAUCGGCUCCCUCAUGCUGCCUGAUACCUCUGUGUCUGCCAGCAUUGCUGCUGGUGGGGGGCCAGAUCUGUCACUUCACUGCACACCUUCAACCUCCAUGGCCCUCCAGGCUUAUAAGAGGAAUUCAGUGCCAUUUGCUGGGCCAGCACACAAAAACUAUCCCACGCUGCAGAGCUCAUUUCUCUUGGAGCAGCGAAGGCAGAGGUCUUUUUGUGAUUCAGCUGGAGAGGGGGGAAGCUGCAUGGACAGCAUCUUUACCAACCUCAACAUCCCACCACCUCCCAAAAGUACAUCUCAGGGCCUGGUGGACACACACAUAGCCCCAGCUAUGCUCAGCAGGUCAUCCACUAUCAGCUGCAGCAGUGCUCUAGACACUACCCUGGCCUUUGACCCCAAGAGCUGUCCUUAUUGCAUGAAGGCUAAUGAUUCAGAAGGGACAGAGGGGAAUGAGACAGCUGACUCAGACAGUGAGGGAGUGUACGAGUUCACUCAGGAUGCCCACUACCGGGACCGCCGGGAUCCCACCAAGAAAAACAAGAUGACUCUUGGUGCUCGGACAGCAAAGGUCAUUCACUUCUGGAGACUUGUAUGUGAUACAUUCCGCAAGAUUGUUGACAGCAAGUACUUUGGCCGAGGUAUCAUGAUUGCCAUCCUGAUCAACACACUCAGUAUGGGUAUUGAAUAUCAUGAACAGCCGGAUGAAUUAACCAAUGCCCUGGAAAUAAGUAACAUCGUCUUUACAAGCCUAUUUGCCUUGGAGAUGCUGUUAAAAGUCCUAGUGUAUGGCCCCUUUGGAUACAUCAAGAAUCCAUACAACAUCUUUGAUGGUAUCAUUGUAGUCAUUAGUGUGUGGGAGAUUGUGGGCCAGCAAGGGGGUGGUCUGUCAGUGCUGAGGACCUUCAGGCUCAUGCGUGUGCUGAAGUUGGUGAGGUUCAUGCCAGCUCUGCAAAGGCAGUUGGUGGUCCUGAUGAAGACCAUGGACAAUGUGGCCACCUUCUGCAUGCUUCUGAUGCUCUUCAUCUUCAUCUUCAGUAUAUUGGGAAUGCACUUGUUCGGUUGUAAAUUUUCUUCGGAGAGGGCUGGUGAUACUCUACCUGAUCGCAAGAACUUUGACUCUCUACUCUGGGCUAUUGUGACUGUAUUCCAGAUUCUAACUCAGGAAGAUUGGAAUAAAGUUCUUUACAAUGGCAUGGCCUCCACCACCUCUUGGGCAGCACUCUACUUCAUCGCGCUCAUGACCUUUGGGAACUAUGUUCUCUUCAACCUGUUGGUGGCCAUCUUAGUGGAGGGCUUCCAGACUGAGGAAGUGACCAAGAAAGAGGAUUUGCAGGGCCAGUUGAGCUGUAUUCAGCUGCCGGUAGACUCAGGGGGAGAUGAAUCAAAGUCUAAUUCAGAGAUGGACCUUUACUCUCAAAGUAUGGAAGACGUGACCAAUGGCAAGGGGGAUGUGGUUGCCUCUACUGUGGUGCCUAUCAAUGGACAUGUGGACCUCAAGACGAGCCUUACCCCUCCACUCAUCACCCACACUGCUGCCACACCCAUGCCCAUUCCCAAAAUUGCAGGAGGAGGUGACCCUGCCUUAACCUUUGAGUCCCGUAGGAGCAGCAAUAUCCCCAUAGACCCCAGCUUCUACAACAAAUCUCCUUCAAGUGUCCGCAGCUCACCUCCUCAUGUGCCCUGGAGCUCCACCAGCAGCUGGAACAGCCGUCGGUCCAGCUGGAACAGCCUGGGCCGAGCCCCUAGCCUCAAGCGCCAGAAGCGGCAGAGCGGUGAGCGCCGCUCACUCUUGUCAGCUGACGGCCAGUCCAGUUCUGAGGAGGAAGAGGUCAGUGGAGCUGACGCCGGGGGAGGGGGAGACAGGUUGUCCGAGUGCGACAACGCCUCCCUGGGCCGGACAGACUCUUUUGGCCAGCGGCCGCAACACCGCCGCAUGGAGUCUGUGGAGACUCGUAGCUCGCUGGACUUGCCACCGGACACACUGCAGGUCCCCUACCUCUACCGCUCGGCCAGCAUCCACAGCGCUCGGCCCCCUCAUCCCCAGCUCACGGCUGCUCAGGACUGCAAUGGGAAGAGCUCCCCCUCAGCUGCUACCAACCAGCUCUCCUUAGAUGAGCACCACAGUGAGGAUGACAACGCUGAGGAGGAGGGCAACAUGAGUCGACGGUUGCGUCUACUUCGCUGGCUCUCACAAAAACAGCCUGAAUGGUGUCGCCAACGAAGCAGCUGGUCCCUCUACCUGUUUCCACCCGAAUGCAGGUUUCGUGUCAUUUGCAAUAAGAUCAUCGGCCACAAAAUGUUUGACCAUGUGGUUCUUCUUAUCAUCUUCAUCAAUUGUAUCACUAUUGCCAUGGAAAGGCCCAGGAUUGAUCCAAGCAGUGCUGAGCGCAUUUUCCUCAAGAUGUCCAACUACAUAUUCACUGCCAUCUUCGUGACCGAGAUGACAGUAAAGGUCGUUGCAUUGGGCUGGUGCUUUGGAGAGAAAACCUACCUGAAGAGCACGUGGAACAUUCUGGAUGGAUUGCUGGUGAUGAUCUCCGUUAUUGACAUACUUGUGACCCUGAUCUCCAACAGUGGGACCAAGAUCUUAGGGAUGUUGCGGGUCUUGAGGUUGCUAAGGACUCUCCGUCCUCUCAGAGUGAUCAGCCGAGCUCCGGGCCUCAAAUUGGUGGUGGAGACGCUAAUGUCAUCUCUUAAGCCCAUUGGGAAUAUUGUAGUUAUCUGCUGUGCCUUCUUCAUCAUCUUUGGAAUCCUGGGUGUUCAGCUAUUCAAGGGAAAAUUCUUUGUGUGUCAUGGUGAGGACACAAGGAACAUUACCAACAAAUCGGACUGCCUCAAUGCCGACUACAAGUGGGUCCGACACAAGUACAACUUUGACAACCUUGGACAGGCCUUGAUGUCUCUCUUCGUCCUGGCUUCCAAGGAUGGCUGGGUGGAUAUUAUGUAUGAUGGACUGGAUGCUGUAGGGGUGGAUCAACAGCCCGUAAUGAACUACAACCCCUGGAUGCUGCUCUACUUCAUCUCGUUCCUGCUGAUUGUGUCCUUCUUUGUGCUGAACAUGUUUGUGGGGGUGGUAGUGGAGAACUUCCAUAAGUGCCGGCGGCACCAGGAAGCUGAGGAGGCGAAGAUCCGCGAGGAGAAGCGUCUGAAGCGGAUGGAGAAAAAGAGACGGAGUAAGGAGAAGGAGCUGGCUGAAGCACAGAGCAAGCCAUACUACUCUGACUACUCCUCCACUCGCCUGCUCAUCCACAAAAUGUGCACGAGCCACUAUUUGGACCUCUUCAUCACCAUCGUCAUCGGCCUCAAUGUCAUCACAAUGUCCAUGGAACACUACCAGCAACCUAAGGUUCUGGAUGAAGCAUUGAAGAUCUGCAACUACAUUUUUACCAUUAUCUUUGUGCUGGAGUCUGUUUUCAAACUUGUGGCAUUUGGGUUCCGCCGUUUCUUCAAAGACAGGUGGAACCAGCUGGAUCUCGCCAUUGUGCUGCUGUCCAUCAUGGGCAUUACCCUUGAGGAGAUAGAGGUGAACGCCUCUCUUCCAAUUAACCCCACCAUCAUACGUAUCAUGAGAGUGCUGAGAAUAGCACGUGUGUUGAAACUGCUGAAAAUGGCUGUGGGUAUGAGAGCUCUGCUGGACACAGUCAUUCAAGCCUUGCCACAGGUUGGGAACUUGGGUCUUCUCUUCAUGCUGCUCUUCUUUAUCUACGCAGCCCUGGGAGUGGAGCUGUUUGGUGACCAGAUCUGUGAUGGGAUUCACCCCUGCGAGGGACUGGGCCGCUACGCAACCUUCAAGAAUUUUGGCAUGGCGUUCCUCCUGCUGUUCCGUGUCUCUACUGGGGACAACUGGAAUGGGAUCAUGAAGGAUACUCUGAGGGACUGUGCAGGGGACAAUGGUCCAUGCUAUAACGCAGUAGUAUCCCCCAUCUACUUUGUGUCCUUUGUCCUGACUGCACAAUUUGUAUUGGUAAAUGUGGUCAUCGCUGUGCUUAUGAAGCAUUUGGAAGAAAGCAACAAGGAGGCCAAGGACGAGGCUGAGAUGGAAGCGGAGUUAGAGCUGGAGGCCAUGGGUGGACACAUUGGGGGAGGACAAGGAGGAGGCGCAGGCCUGAUUGGGGGGCACCUCUCCCCUUUCGUGCAGGGAGACAACAGUGGACCAGCUAGUCCCCUGACUCCUCCACCCUGGAUGUUUAAGAGGGAUCCCCAAGAGAACUUCAGCCUGGCCAAUGACAGCCCCCCACCAACAAUGGUGGACAUCCGCCGAGACUCAACAGCACACAAUAGGGUUGACUCCCCUCAUUGCCUGGAGCCACCCAUGGAGCGGAGGCUGAUGUUUGACUCAGUUUCCCUGGUGAUCCAGGGUUCUCUUGAAGGCGAGCUCAAUCUCAUGGACAACCUGUCUGGCUCCAUCUGCCACUACUACGCCCUGCCCCCGCUGCUUAGGCAGCACAGCGCUGACAAACAGAUUCCUCUAGCAGAGAUGGAGGCUCUGUCUCUGGUGUCGGAGAAGUCCUGGUCCUUAGCUCUGACGGAUGACUCUGUGCCCGACGAUUUUAACCCCCUCUUACUAACCAGUCUGGAGUACAAUCAGAUAGAGACACUGGGGGUUACAGAGGCCGAGAGCCAGCAAGAGGAGCAUCUGCUGACUGUGCGCAAGACAUCUGUGGGUCGUACGCACUCUCUGCCAAAUGAUAGCUACAUGUUCCUGCCUCUUUUACCAGCCGCCUCUGCUGCUCCCUCUGGACCAUUACCGCACACAACCUCACUUCAGCCACACUCAGGAUCCAGUGGAUCCAUUCAGAUCCUGCAGAGUGAAACAGCUCAGCUCCUGGCUGUGCCCACCCAGCUCUUCCGCCCCAUAAGCCCAAACAGUCUGUCUGAGCUGGAGGGCAUCCCACGCAUCCCCCCACCCCAGCGCACACACAACCUCACACGCCCACUCCGGAGACAGGUGGCUGUGAGGACAGACUCACAGGAGACAGUGCACUCGGAGCAGGAAGAGGUUGUGGAAGGGGCCGUGGGGCUCAGUGGACUGACGAGCCCCCCACUGAGCUCUCCUCCUCAGCUACCUCCUCAGCACCAGCCCUCCCUCUUUUUGGUGUCGGCUGCUUCUGGAGCCUCCCCCAAAGCGCCCCACUCCAGUGUCCGCACACAGCACAACCCACAUGACCAGUACAAUGUAUUUUCUCUGAGGUCUUCCCUUGCACACUCGCCCUCGCCACCUCCACUGCCCCCGCCACGCACCCAGCCCCCCAGCCCCCAACAGGAGGACACGGACUUUGUGGACCAAGAGGUGUCGUGUAUCAUCCAAGAAGGCUUAGCUGCUAGUAGCAGCCCAGAUGGACAAGAAGAGCCGAGUGGCAUCGGCCAGAUCAAGCUUGGUGAGGGGCGCAGCCCUUACCUGCGGCAGCUUAAGAGGUACCACAGUGCUGACACACAGGGUUGCCAAGGACUGCUGCUUCUGCGGCCCUCUUCCUGGUUGGACGACCAACGCCGCCACUCCAUGGAGGCGUGUUCGUCAGGGGAGAGCAGCCCCCAGCUCAGCUCCAUCUCCUCUGGCUUUGUGUCACGUGCAGACAGCCUGCAGCAGCAGAUGCACGUGACGCCGACGUCCCCUCACUCGCGCAAGAAGAAGAUGAGCCCCCCUUGUAUUUCUGUUGACCCACCUGAGGGGCGGCAGGAGCCUCCUGCCGUAGGAUUUCACCCGGCGAUGGGGCUUGGCAUGGUGCCCUCCCCUUUGACCAGCCGUGACAUGAGCUGUCUCCGCAGACGAGCCCCAUCCAGUGACUCCAAGGACUCUUUUGACCUGGGGGGAGGAGGGGAGGCUCUGGCUCAGGAGGGUGCCCACACUUCCAACCUGCUGACUCUGCCUAGUUUUUCCUUUGACAAGUCAAGUUCUGAGCACUGAACAGAAGAGAGUCAAAACAAUGAACACAUAAACUGAGAAAUCACACUCCUAAGAAUAUAUGAUGCACUUUGUGUAUCUGUGAUGGUGAUAGUCAUAGUAAUAAUACUGUAGUGAGUAAUAAUACCAACUACAAUUAUGGUAAAGAGAAAACAAACUUUAUAAAGUGAUCAGAUAGUGACCAUCUCUUUGUUUUGUACUGCCAAACCCAGCAAACACACACACACACACACACACACACACACACACACACACACACACACACACACUCUCUCACACACACACACACACACAUAACAAGACAACAUAACAUGAUAAAGUGUACAAUACAAAAUGGUUCUCUUCCAAGAUACCUACAUCUUUUUGUAGGUGAUUCCCAGCAUGUCAGCACCUAAUGCCAAGGGUGGGGCCAUUGUGGUUGGGAAAAUGCACAGAAAAGAACUGUGGAACUUUUUUCUUGUAGGAACUGAUAAAGUUACAAAGCAAUAUGAACGUUUCAGAGACACUAUUUUCUUAAAUUAUUGGUCAUAGUGUUUGUACAGGAUGUAGAAUUUUUUAUUUCAUUUAAAAUUUAUU